CCACGUUGUUUAUAAAGUCACACCAAUUUUUUUCAAAUUUAUCCCAAAUCGAAACAACUCAACAAUUCUAAUUACUUUGAAAAACACCAAAAUUUUCAAAUUUACAAAAGUAGUGUAAAAAAACAACCCCGGGAAUCAAGCGUAUUGAUUUAGCGGAGAUGUCAGUGUCGUAAUUGUAGCCACAAGAUGUCAAAAUUCGGUAGUAACAAUGGCAGAUAAAUUACAAAAAAAGCCUUCAAAAGGCAUAUUAAAAAAUUCGAGCAGUUUCGACAAACAAGAAGCACAUGCAGCUCCACGAAAAUCCAUAAAUAAAACAACAUGGGACGAAAUGAAUAUAAUGGCAACGCUCCACCCACCUGAUAAGGAUUACGGACACAUGAAAAUCGACGAACCCAAGACCCCAUACAACUAUUUAAACCCAGAUAAAGUCGAUGGUCUAAAUCUCUCCGAACUUGAGGAGAAGAUCAAAUCGGGGGCCGCUCUGCCGCCUAAGGCCUUGCUAGAACAAGACGACUCCUCGGACGAGGACGAGGAUUUGACCCCAGAGGAAAGAGCGAAAAAGCGGGAAUUUGAACAUAAACGUAAGAAACAUUAUAAUGAGUUUUAUGCGGUGAAAUUGGCACGAAAAUUGCUUGAAGAAGAGGAAGAUGAUGAUACGUCGCCAACGAGUUCACCAAAACAUAAAGCACACGAACAGAGCUGUUCAAAAAAUUCUCCAAAUUAAAGUUUUGUAAUUAAGAGUAUUUAUUGAGUUUUUUCUUGCGGUUUUUAGACGGAAUACCAAAAUAUGCCAUAAAUUUAACAUCAAAUUUAUUCCGUCUAGGUUAUUGCUGAUUUGAGCUCUAUUGGCUGUGGUAAUGUUUUGCUGAUUAGGUGAAAUAUUUGCUUUUUUGCUGAUUCAGUCAAGGGGUUUACCCCAACACUGGCAUUUUUUCGGUGUCAGGCGUAAUUUUUACCUUUAUACAAAUAGGAUUUCCAUUAUUUAAUAAUGAAUAUUUAUUUCUUUUAAUGUUUACGUUAUGAUGUCAGGAGUUGUAAUUAAUUCUGUUACAAUAAAAUAAAUAAAUAAAUGUGGAUAGACAGUAAAGAUACGGAAUAUAAGAAUUUAUCCAAUAAUAAAUGUUUAAAUAAAAAAUUCUAAUAUGUAAAAAUUCUCAAUAAAAAAUAAAGAGAC